AUGAUCCAGUCACUGUGCAGUCUAGUUUCAGUUACAAUUGAUGAUCAGUUAAUUGAAUUUGAUACCUCAACAUUAUUUUCUGAAACUAUUCUUUCUGAACAAACAUUUAAUGCUACUGUCGAAGCAUUACAAGAUCAGUUUACACAGACAACUGCAAAAUCCUUUCAGAUAUCACUCAAUUCACUGAGCAAUAUUGCUCAAGACAAUCAGAUUACAAAUCGUCUAGAAACAGAUACUCAUCUAGCAUAUAUCUAUUAUGAAUUUUUCUAUGAUAAUUUUGUAUAUUACGAACCUCUCAGUGUUUCCUCUGGUUCCAGAACAUACGACAAUCACACAUGUUUAUGUUCAAAGUCACCUUAUUGUAAAACAAUGACCGGUAUUUACGAUGCUUAUGCAGGGCAAUACCCAGCUCCCUUUGGGGUGAUAAAUUCAAUCCAGGGUAAUCUUAUAUUUCCCGUGCCUGGAGUUAAUGUUGGAUGUACAGUUUUGCAGGCAGUAUUGCAAUCCGAUUUGCAAUGUUUUUACAACCGUUCAUGCCUAUCACAACUGAAUUCAUAUCUGAAUGAUUCACCUUAUCCGUUCUAUGCUAAACCACUCCAGGUCACGUCUUCUCUUUCCCCAGCAACAAUCGGCAGUCUCGUGAACAGUUUGAUGGUCGAUAACUGGACGCUAACUGCAUCUUACUCGUCAUACUUUGACACAUGUCAUUCUAGUCAAUGUAAAUACGUAUAUGUUGAAAAGUUUGAUAUCAUCUAUACAAUCACAACAACAGUUGGAUUCAUUGGAGGAAUUGUGACGAUUUUAAUGAUUCUCAUGCUACCAGUGGUUACAUUUAUUCGGAAACGAUCAGUAAAACCACAAUCGUUAACAACUAUAGGUUAG